AAAAAGAACUUCACAGCGUAACACUUCCAGCGGAAGUAAACAACACAAGUACUGGUUACGUUAGUUCACUAUUGUUGCGCAAAUACUUUUUUAAUUUGUAAAUUAACAACCAUGUCUUCAGUUCAUUAUUUGAGAGAGUUUGUCAACGAGCGACUAACUGCAGCUGCUGAAGAAAUAGUCGGAGUCUUUGAGAAAACUAUCGUUGAGUACGAGGAAGAGAUCGACCGUCAGCGCAGACUGUUGGAUAUCGUUUGGAAACCUGAAAUAAAGUUACAGAGGAUAGAGCUCCAUCAGCAACAUGUCUCUAAGGAGGAGGAGGAGGAGGAGGAGGUUCCCGCUGAUCAGCUGCUCUGUUUUCAGGAGAGGAACUCCAGUCUGGACCAAGAGGAGCCAGAGCCUCCACAGAUCAAAGAGGAACAGGAGGAAGUCUGCACCAGUCAGGAGGGAGAGCAGCUUGAACUGAAGCAGGAGACCGAUGCCUUAAUGUUGACUCCUACUUAUGAGGAAAGUGCCCGCAGUGAAGAUCAGACUCCGUACCCGAGUACUGCCGAAACGCUGAGUGUGAUGGAAAAAAAGCCUUUAAGCUAUAUUUGGGAUAUAAAAAGUGAUCACAGUGAACCGGAACCAAACACUGACCACCAGCUCCCCUCUCACAUCUCUCAUGAACCUGAGAGCCGAGAUCAGAAAGGGGGCGAGCAUGGAGAAUCUAGAAAUGCAAAGCCAGAAGAACAGAAUCAACAUCCCAAAAGCAACUUGUUAGAGAGUCGGUGUAAUACUCACACAGGCAAAAAGUAUUUCAAAUGUGACACAUGUGAAAAAGAUUUUAAGUAUAGGUCACUAUUGCAGAGACAUCUGAGCGUCCACACAGGUGAGAAGCCAUAUUCUUGCGAAACAUGUGGAAAAGAUUUCAAACUUAGCAGUGGCUUGACGGUCCACAUGAGAAUGCACACAGGUGAAAAGCCAUACUUUUGCAAGACCUGCGGGAUACGAUUCUGUGCCAUGCCAGCAUUGAGAAGGCACAUGACAAUCCACACAGGUGAGAAGCGAUAUACGUGUCAAACAUGUGGGAAAGAUUUUCGACUUGGCAGUGUCUUGAAAGUCCACAUGAGAACCCACACAGGUGAGAAGCCGUACCUCUGCAAGACUUGCGGGAAUGGUUUCUGUGACGUUUCAACAUUGAUAAAGCACAUGAGGAUCCACACGGGUGAGAAGCCGUAUACCUGUGAAACAUGUGGGAAAGAUUUCAGACGGAACAACGAAUUGGUGGUCCACAUGAGAACCCACACAGGGGAGAAGCCGUACCUUUGCAAGACCUGCAGGAAAACAUUCUGUGACAUUAAAGCAUUGAAAAGGCACAUGGGAAUCCACACAGGUGAGAAGCCUUAUACCUGUGAAACAUGUGCGAAAGAUUUCAGACGUAGCGAUGAAUUGAUAGUCCACAUGAGAAUCCACACAGGUGAGAAGCCAUAUGUUUGUAAAACAUGUAGUAAAGCUUUUAGACAGAGUGGGGAUUUGACAGUCCACAUAAGAACCCACACAGGUGAGACGCCUUAUACUUGUAAAACAUGCGGAAAGGGUUACAGAUGCAAAAGUGGCUUGUUGGUCCACAUGAGAAGAGCCCACAUCGGUGAGAAGCCGUAGUUGCUAAAGCUCUGUAACUGAAUUUAAAAUAGGUUUUUCCACAUGGAUAAGAUGAGGGGAAGUUUCACUGACUUCCUUACAUUUCUGUUAGCAACAGUAUUUCAAAGGACACUAGGGUUUCAGUGGUACAGCAGUUUUAUGGUAUACCGUGGUAUGGUAAUUGACAUUUAUCAUGCUGUGUAUAUAUUUGGUUACUUAUUGUAUUGAAAAUAACGUUUAAUUGAUUUUGAAAAGGGAGACGUUUUACACAUGCUUCCAAACUUGAAUCAUAUUAAAUAGUUUUUCAGCCGAAAACACCUUUUGUUUUUAUUCCUUAAAGGGUUAUUGUGACUGAUAUGAAUAAUAAUUGUGUAAUAUGGUGAUGUUAUGUGAGAUGGUUAUAAUACUGUGGAAUCACCACCCAGCGCACCACAAGGCUCCC